AUGACGGUUGUCUGUUUUUGUUAUUUGUCCCCUGUGACGAUAUUCCACAGAGCAGGUCCGCCGCCUCCAGUUCCCCCUCCUCGUCGGCCGCAUCACUAUGGAAACGUGCAGGGCGCCCCCCGACCACCGUCCGAGCAAGGCAGUACAGAAAGCUCAAGAGUCCAACCACCAGUUCCUACUCAAACUCCCACAGAGGAUAGACCAGACGAAGCUGCCCAGACGGAGGAUAUUGUGCCUGAGAGCAAGCCGCCAGUUUCAGCGAAGAUAGCAGCUGGCGGCGGUCCGCGUCAAGAAGAGCCGUUGUAUGGCACUGUACCACAGUCGCCGCUGGUACGGUGCUUCAAGCAUGUGACUCAAAACACUCAUACAAUGUCAUGA